AUGGAUCUGCACAUCCCCGCACACUCCCGCCACGUGGCCCAAGAGAAGCGCCAGAUGCUGGACCUCAACUGCCGCCUGCAGAGCUACCUGUCCCGGGUCAAGCUCCUGGAGGAAGAGAACACGCUUUUAGCCCAAGAGAUUCAAACUCUGCGGCACGGCCACCGCGGCGCCUCGGUGAGGGAGAAGAGCUUGAAGGAAGAUCUCCAAUGGGCCAGAGCGCAGCUCGAAGAUGUCUGGAGGGCGCGGGUCUACGCCCAGAUGGAGGUCUGCAGGCUGAGCGACGAGCUGCAGAUGGUAGAACAUCACCGGCUGAAGGAGGCCCGCGAGCAAGCGGAGGUCAGGGCGAAGAUAGAGGUGAGCAGGAAGGAGCUGGGGGAGGAGCACGGGGCUCACAGGUGGCUCAAGGAGAAAGUCAAACAGCUGGAGCAGGAGCUGGAGCACCUGGUUCGGAGCCACGAGGAAGACGUGGCCCACUUGGAAGCCACGCUGAGCCAUUCGGCACAACCGUGCUUUACCCCGACACCGGACCUGUCCCACCUGGAGGAGGAGUUCUGCCAGUGGGCCUCCACGGCAUGCCAGGAGAGAGCGGAAACCUACCAGGCACAGCUAGACCAGUUGGAGGAGUGCCUGAAGGAGACCGGAGACCGUUUGUGCGAGAUGGAGCGCCACAAGAAUAAGUACCAGUCCCAGUUGCGGGCCCUGGAGAGAGAGAGGAUCUCUGAAGGGGAUGUUAAGAAACAUCUGGAGGAAACGGCGCUGCACCAGAGGGAAGAACACAGGCAGCAGAUAAACACACUUCAGGAUCACUGGGAGGGGCUAGAGAAGGAGAAGCAGCAUCUGGGCCAGGAGUUGGACCUUCUGGUGAAGGAGAACCAAGCCCUGCUCAAGCAGAAGAUGUCUCUGGGCCUGGAGGUGGUCACCUACAGAGCUCUGCUGGAUGGUGAGAGCCUGCGACGGGAUGACGUCACUCUACUGAAACAGUCCGGAAACAUUUCACAUAAAGAUCCGCUUGUGAAGCUUUUACGAGGGAAUUACCAAGUACCUGUUCACCCUAAGACUCUCACAUCAGUCUGGAGACCACCUAGUACUUCAAUAACGCCCUUGAGGAGCAAGCCCAUAACCGCCAGACAGGUUCAGAAGGAUGAGGAUAGAACAAUGCGAGGGGUCAAACAAGAAAGUCCGUAUCCCAAAAUACUGCAUGAUGGAGCUGUGGAAGUUUUCAGAGCGCAGGAGGUGGAUGAAAAAGUGACUCACGCAGAGCCUCUAUCGUCUCCGGGUAGGGAGGAACAUGAGGUGUACCCUGCUGAAUGUAGAAAUGGUGGGAAAGAGGAGGAACAUGGGAGGAGUAGUGAGGAAAAAGCAGCUGCCGGCUUUCAAGUUCAGUUUGGAGCUCUACCACUCACUCAGGAUAUCACUCAGAAUCAAUCAGGAACCCAGGAACCGGAAAAUGAAAUUAUGGGAACGACAGAAGAGACCUUCAGUUUCUCAACAGGUGUUCCAGUUCAGGCACCAAUAAAUGAAGAUAUACAGGAAGAAAAAGCAGCUGGCAGCUUCCAACUUCAGUCGGGAGCUCCGUUACUAACUCAGGAUAUCACUCAGAAUCAAUCAGGAACUCAGGAACUGAAAACCGAAAUUGUGGGAAUGACAGAAGACACCUUCAGUUCCUCGACAAGUCUUCCAGUUGAGACAUCAAUGGAGGAAGAUUUGCAGUCGGAAAAAGUAGCUGCCCGCUUUCAACUCCAGUCGGAAGCUCUGCCCCUCACUCAGGAUAUCACUCAGAAUCAAUCAGGAACCGAGGAACCGGAAAAUGAAAUUAUGGGAACGACAGAAGAGACCUUCAGUUUCUCAACAAGUGUUCCAGUUCAAGCACCAAUGAAGAAAGAUAUACAGGAAGAAAAAGCAGAUCCCAGCUUCCAACUUCAGUUGGGAGCUCCGCUACUCACUCAGGAUAUCACUCAGAAUCAAUCAGGAACCCAGGAACCGGAAAAUGAAAUUCUGGGAACGACAGAAGAGACCAUCAGUUUCUCAACAGGUGUUCCAGUUCAGGCACCAAUGAAGGAAGAUAUACAGGAAGAAAAAGCAGAUCCCAGCUUCCAACUCCAGUCGGGAGCUCCGUUACUCACUCAGGAUAUCACUCAGAACCAAUCAGGAAGCCAGGAACAGAAAACCGAAAUUCUGGGAACGACAGAAGAGCCCUUCAGUUCCUCGACAAGUGUUUCAGGUGAAACAUUGAUGGAGGAAGAUUUUCAGGACGAAAAAGUAGCUGCCAGCUUUCAACUCCAGUCAGGAGCUAUGCCACUCACUCAGGAUAUCACUCAGAAUCAAUCAGGAACCCAGGAACCGGAAAAUGAAAUUAUGGGAACGACAGAAGAGACCUUCAAUUUCUCAACAAGUGUUCCAGUUCAGGCACCAAUAAAUGAAGAUAUACAGAAAGAAAAAGCAGAUCCCAGCUUCCAACUCCAGUUGGGAGCUCCGCUACUCACUCAGGAUAUCACUCAGAAUCAAUCAGGAACCCAGGAACCGGAAAAUGAAAUUCUGGGAACGACAGAAGAGACCAUCAGUUUCUCAACAGGUGUUCCAGUUCAGGCACCAAUGGAGGAAGAUAUGCAGGAAGAAAAAGCAGCCACCAGCUUCCAACUCCAGUCAGGAGCUCUGCCACUCACUCAGGAUAUCACUCAGAACCAAUCAGGAACCCAGGAACAGAAAACCGAAAUUCUGGGAACGACAGAAGACACCUUCAGUUUCUCAACAAGUGUUCCAGUUCAGGCACCAAUGGAGGAAGAUAUGCCGGAAGAAAAAGCAGCUGCCAGCUUUCAACUCCAGUCGGGAGCUCUGCCACUCACUCGGGAUAUCACUCAAAAUCAAUCAGGAACCCAGGAACCGAAAACCGAAAUUCUAGAAAUGACAGAAGAGACCUGUAGUUCCUCAACGAGUGUUCCAGUUGCGCUAUCGAUGGAGGAAGAUGUGCAGGAAGAAAUGUCAAGUCCUGGAACAGAAGCAUUCCUCCAAGUCAUGCCGGAACCCGGUCAUCAAACCCAGUGUGACUUCAACCCAGUGGACACUACUGAGAUCAGUCAAGAAAUAAGCCACUCCCCCUCGCGAAUGACUUUGAUGGAAGGAGUGGAUGUGUUGUACCCAGAUGGAGAAGAGAUGGACACAUGGGACAGUGUGAUUGAAAAGAAGGUCCAUGUUGAGUCAAGUGAACCCAAACCAGAAACGGAAAGACAGUAUGCAGAACCAGAGGAGGACAUCUUAACAAGAAGGUCUGAACCAAGCCAAGACGAAAUGAAGAAGCAAGAAGAUGAGAUUUGGCCUCAACAUGAAGAAAGCUCGCCACAUCCAGAUGACAAUGAUGAGGAUGAGGACUCCCAAAACACCUCUCUGUCAUGGAGGACAGAGCUGGAGAGCGACAGCUAUGCUCAGGAGAAUACACUGGCUGACACUCGUCCGCUCAUCAGGUACACCAGCGAUGAGAUGGACGCCAACACACAAGUGUCCCGUGUGCAUGAGGGGGAGUCAAGUGAUGGUGAGCAAGACUGGAAGAUUGGAGAGAUGGGUGGAACUGCCUGGAGUGAGAGCAAGAACAAAAAUUUUGGAACCAUGGAGGAUCUUUGUGAGAAAGUUGAAGAAGAGGAGGUAGAAUAUGACUUAAAACGUUCUAACACCGACUUGGAAGCUUCUGAACUGCAAAAAGCAACUUCAGAAGUCAGUGAUGACAAUUUGGAUGAAGAAGAACCUGCAGAUUUAGAUGAUGUGGAGCUUGACACUGACCGACUUGUGGAGCAGGAAUUGGAGAAUCUAUCCACGGACAGAUAUGCAUCUCACUUUGCUAAAGCGCUGGCCAAUGAGAGUUAUGAAGUGCUUCCUGAGGAUCAGGAGGAGGAUUAUGGAAUCACGACCACGGAACACGAAGCUGCUCUGCCAUCCAAAGUCCAAGUUACACACAACCUGGUCCUCAAGGACACCAGCGAGCCUCAAAAGUGGCAGGAGGUGCAGGAGGAGGAUGUCCAAGAUAGAGAGAUGAAGACUAAAGAAGUCAUUAUGGAAUCUGAUGUCCAAGUGGAACAUGACCAGGACCGAAUGAGUUCCAGCCAGCCUCGGUUGGAUUCUCCACAUAAAGAUGUGGAAGAGACGCCGGAAGAAGCGGACCUUAAUUUUAAGGAUACCAUACAGCUUCAGUUGGACUCUCAGGCUCAUGAUCCCAAAGAAAAGGUGGAAGAGAAGGAGAUCCAAGCGGGAAUGUUGACCAUGGAACAAGAAGUCAUCACAGAAUCUGUCUUCCAAGCGGAAUGUGACCUGGACUUAGGGGAUUUGGCUUCACCUCAGUUGGACACUUUCGAUGAUGAGGAGAAAAUCAAAGAUGAAAUCAUAAUUAUGGAUCAAGAAGAAGCACACCUGUGUAAGGGAAAAUCGGCUUCUGGCAGGGAUGCUGACCUCCAUGGAGAAGACAAUCUGGACCUUGGGGAUUCCAUUGUUUCUCAAAUGGCCAUUCCGGAUGAUGACGAGUUGGAAAAGAUGCAAGAGAAUGAGGCCCAGCAUCGAGUGAUGAAAAUGGAAGAACUCAGCACAAAAUCUGAUAUCCAAGUGGGACGUGACCAGGAAUUUAUGGAAUCCUUCCAGGCUCAGUCGGACACGCAGGCCUGUGACACCAAAGAAAAGGUGGAAGAGGAGGAGGUCAAAAAUGCAAUAAUGACCGUGAAACAAGAUCUCAUCACAGAAUCGGGCAUCCAAGAGGAAAGUGAUCUGACCCACAGGGUUUCUGCUCUGCCUCGGUUUGACACUGCAGAUGAUGAUGAUGAGAAUGUUCUGCAUGAAAUAAUGACUCUGGAAGAAGAAGAGGCCUACAAGGGGAAAUUGCCAUUCUGUGUGGAUCCUGAUCUCCCUGGAGAAGACAAUCUGGACCUUGGGGAUACUCUUGUGCCUCAACUGGACACCCCAGAGGAUGAGGAGAAGGAGGAAAUGGAAGAGCAGGAUGUCCAAGAUGGAAAGAUCAUAACAAAACAAGAAGAGGCCGAUGAAGUGAUUUUACCGUCACACAUGGAUCCUAAUUUCCAGGGAGAAGAAAACCUGGAAUUUGGGGAUUUUGUCAAAGAUCAGUUGGACUCGCCAGCUGAAGAUUUGGAAGGUGUCACAGAAGAGACAGAGAAAGUGUACAUGCUGUCUUCCAGAGAAUCUGAUGUCCGACCAAAAUUGGACUCUCUGGAUCACGACUCAGGGGAAGAGAUGGAAGAAAAAGAGGUUGAAGGUGUAAUGUUGCCCAGGGAACAAGAAGAGCCUGACAAAAUGAAGACGCCGUGCACGGACCCUGAAGUUCAAGGAGAUGACAAUCUUGACCUCAGUGAUUUUAUACCACCUCAACUGGAGUCUUCAGAUGACUUUGAGUUUGAGGGUGAAAUGAUGAAACAAAGAGAAGGAGAUAAAGCGUACUUGCUGUCCUGCAGGGAAUUUGGCGUUGAUGUGGAACACAAUCUGCACUUGGUGCAGCCUCAGUUGGACUCUCCAGAUGAAGAGGAGAAAGUCCAAGAUAAAAUAAUGACCAAGGAAGAGGAAGUGCCCAACAAUGUGAACUUGCCAUUCUGUAUGGAGCAUAAUGUCCAAGCAGAGGACAAUCUGGACCUCGGGGAUUGCGUCCAGCCUAAACUGGACUCGCCAGAUGACUCUGUGAAGGAUACCCAGGAUGGACUGUUCAACCGAGAACAUGCCAUCAAGGUGACUUUACCAGUCAGCAUAAGUCCUGAUCUCCAGAUAGAAGACAAUCUAGGCCUCAGGGAUAUCGUCCAGCCGGAGAAGAAAGAUGCAGAGGAUGAGGAGGUUCAAGAGCCUUCAGAAGCUCCAGAGAAAACUGAGGAUAAGUUUGAGCUCAAUGUUUCAAUGGUGACGCACGCUGAUGAAACAUUUAGUGAGUUUCUCAGUGGGCCCGACGUGGAAGAAGAAGACAAAGACGAAGAGCAUCUGGAGAAGCUACACCCUGAAUCUCAAAACCAAGAAAGUCUCCUCCAACAAUACGCUUUUGUUGCUGCCGAUACGGCAGAUGAAUGGAAUCUCCUGGGGAAGACUAGUCAGGACAUUGAGAUCAGACAUCCAAAAGAUCAGGGAGACGGUGUUGCGAGUCAUGUUCAUGAGGAAGGAGGUGACGGCGAGAGUUGCGCCACAUUUGACGAGGACCCCGUUGAAAUCUCCGUGGAGGAAACCGUCAUCAUCGCAUCGUCGUCGGAAUUCCACAAAACCAAAGGCAAAGACAAGCGGGACAUCUGGGCCGCGGCAGUGGCCGCUCCUUACGAAUCAGACGACAUCACCACGGUGACGUCCGCAAUUCACGACGUGGAGUUCGGCAGCGACCUGGAAUGGGGGAAGGCGGUCGACAGGAGUUCCCCACGCAAAUCCGCGACGGGGGUGUCCGUCCAUUCCGAGGAGUCGGAAGGUGAAGGGGAAGCCUGGUCUUCCGGGGACGAAUAGUCCAGUCUGCAAGAACGCGGGUGAUGUUUUUUGUUUUUGUAAACGUUACAAUUUUCGUCUUUGAAAACAUGACAGUUCUUUGUCUACAGUGUCUUCACAUCCAUCAAGUUUGAAAACAGUCAUAUUUCAUAAUCUUAACAUUUCUGAAAAUGUGUCCUUGAGACAUUUUGAAUUUAAGUGUAGUGUGAAGUCCCCAUAAGGGCUCAUUUGCAUAAUAUAACCCCAAAACAAGUUUCUCUGGUGCAGGGCGAAAAAAAGGUUGUUUGUUAUCGUUGGUCAUUUCUCGGAACGCAUACCACAAACAUAUUAUUAUGACACAUUGAAAUUCUUUCAAAUUAUGGAAAAUUAAAAAACCUAUAUUCAUAAAGUGAAGCACAUGGUUAUGCUAAAAGUGGAUGUUACAUGCUAAAAAAAGGCUAACAUGAUAAUGAUCCGUUUUUUUUAAAUUGCAAUUGUGUUUCUUUCACAGGCUAAAACCACACUUUUGCCUCCUUUGUGUCGUUAGCAUUAGCAUCUUGUUAGCAUCACACGUUGCUAUUCUUAAUAUACAAUUUAAUAAGUGGCUCUAGCGCCUUUUUGGCAAAAACAUCAGCACCCUCAUCUUGCCUUGCCACCAACCAACGUGCCAACUUUAUGCGAUUUGUAAGUUUUUUUGCUGGAUGUUUUCCGAAUCGCCCAUUUGCUUCGCGCUAAUCUCCGUCCUUCAAGUGGAACCGCUGAUCAGCUGUUAUUGAUCCAAUUGAAAUGAUCACGUUUCAAUUCCUGGAAGAGAUCAAUAUGAGCACAUCAUGCUCGUGACUGAUAGAUUGUCAUGUAACCAAAAAGUCGUGCUGAUUGGAAAUAUUUGUUUUUUGACCAAUAAACUGAUUGAUUGAUUGAUUGGAAUGUUUAAUCUUAGGUACAUUUAAAUCUAAUAAAUAAAAUUGCUGUUGAGUUUCUCUUUUUGUGUUUUAAUGCCUUUUUGAUGAUCCAAUAAAUGCCCAAGAAGUGUUCCAGUUCAAUAUUUUUUUUU